GUGAAGAAGGGGAGUUAAGACGAAACUGAGGUUCUCAGGAAGGCGAUCGGAUCCGAAGGGAGGGAAGAAGUCACACUUUUUCCCCUGCCUGGUGGAUCCCAAGAGGGGCUCGAUCCAGCAGUGUUCUUUCCCGUGAGCGAAUGCAGAGCAGCCCUGGCUUGAGCCUUCCUGCUGCAGGAAGGGUCCAGAUUUGGAGAAGGGUUUCCAGAAAAAGAUGCUUUGGCUGCCUACAGUCCUGCUUGCAUUCUUAGAAGCCAGACCCAGGGGAAAAGUGAACUGGGGUAAUUGACAAGCUCGGAGGGUCUGGCGGAAGCUUCCAUCCAGACUGGGAAUUUCACCCUCCCUUGAGGAAGAUCUGCCUGCACUGCAAGUGCCCUCAGGAGGAGCACAUGGUGACGGUGAUGCCCCUGGCGAUGGAGAAGACUGUCAGCAAACUCAUGUUUGACUUCCAGAGGAACUCGACCUCGGAUGACGACUCAGGCUGCGCCUUGGAGGAGUAUGCCUGGGUCCCGCCGGGGCUGAAGCCUGAACAGGUUCACCAGUACUACAGCUGUCUCCCAGAAGAGAAAGUUCCCUAUGUCAACAGUCCUGGAGAGAAACUUCGAAUCAAGCAGCUAUUACACCAGCUACCGCCACACGACAAUGAGGUUCGCUAUUGCAACUCCCUGGAUGAGGAAGAGAAGAGGGAGCUGAAGCUCUUCAGCAACCAGCGGAAACGUGAAAACCUGGGUCGUGGCAAUGUCAGGCCCUUCCCGGUCACCAUGACAGGAGCGAUCUGUGAACAGUGCGGAGGCCAGAUCAACGGCGGGGACAUUGCUGUGUUUGCAUCGCGCGCCGGACACGGUGUCUGCUGGCACCCACCCUGCUUUAUCUGCACUGUCUGCAACGAGCUCCUGGUGGAUUUGAUCUACUUUUACCAAGAUGGGAAGAUAUACUGUGGCAGGCACCAUGCGGAGUGCCUGAAGCCGCGCUGCGCAGCCUGCGACGAGAUCAUCUUUGCAGACGAAUGCACAGAAGCUGAGGGACGACACUGGCACAUGAAACACUUCUGCUGCUUCGAAUGCGAGACAGUGCUGGGUGGCCAGCGUUACAUCAUGAAGGAGGGAAGGCCCUACUGCUGCCACUGCUUCGAGUCCUUGUACGCAGAAUAUUGCGACACCUGUGCCCAGCACAUAGGAAUCGACCAAGGUCAAAUGACCUACGACGGCCAACACUGGCAUGCCACUGAGACCUGUUUCUGCUGUGCUCACUGCAAGAAGUCCCUCCUGGGGCGGCCAUUCCUCCCCAAGCAAGGCCAGAUCUUCUGCUCACGGGCCUGCAGUGCCGGGGAGGACCCCAAUGGCUCUGACUCUUCCGAUUCAGCCUUCCAGAACGCCCGGGCCAAGGAGUCCCGGCGCAGCGCCAAAAUCGGCAAGAACAAGGCCAAGACAGAGGAGCCCGUGCUGAGCCAGCACAGCCAGCUGCAGGUGAGCUCCAACCGGCUGUCGGCCGACGUGGACCCCCUGUCGCUGCAGAUGGACCUGCUCAGCCUGUCCAGCCAGACACCCAGCCUCAACCGGGACCCCAUCUGGAGGAGCCGGGACGAGCCGUACCAUUACGGGAACAAGAUGGAGCAAAACCAGUCGCAGAGCCCCUUGCAGCUUCUCAGCCAGUGCAACAUCAGAACUUCCUACAGUCCGGGAGGGCAAGGGGCCGGGGCCCAGCCCGACAUGUGGGCCAAGCACUUCAGCAACCCCAAAAGGAGCUCAUCGCUGGCCAUGAAGGGGCACGGUGGCAGCUUCAUCAAGGAAUGCCGAGAAGACUAUUACCCGGGAAGGCUGAGGUCCCAGGAGAGCUACAGUGAUAUGUCCAGCCAGAGCUUCAGUGAAAACCGAGGCAGCAUCCAAGUCCCCAAAUAUGAGGAGGAGGAGGAAGAGGAAGGGGGCCUGUCCGCUCAGCAGUGUCGGACCCGUCAUCCGAUCAGUUCACUGAAAUAUACCGAGGACGUGACGCCCACAGAGCAGACCCCGCGGGGCUCCAUGGAAUCGCUGGCCCUGUCUAACACAACAGGCCUCUCCGCGGAUGGUGGUGCCAAGCGCCAGGAGCACCUCUCCCGGUUUUCCAUGCCCGAUCUCAGCAAAGACUCUGGGAUGAACGUGUCCGAGAAGCUGAGCAACAUGGGCACGCUGAACUCGUCCAUGCAGUUCCGCAGCGCCGAGUCCGUUCGCAGCCUGCUCUCCGCCCAGCAGUACCAGGAGAUGGAGGGAAACCUCCACCCUCUCAGCAACCCCAUCAGGUACAGAGACCUGCAGGCCCACGGAAGGAUGCAUCAGAGCUUUGAUUUCGAUGGGGGGAUGGCGGGCAGCAAGCUGCCGGGGGCGGAGGGCGUGAGGAUCCAGCCCAUGAGCGAGCGCACGCGGCGGAGAGCCACUUCCCGCGAAGACAACCGCCGCUUCCGACCUCACCGGUCCCGGCGAUCCCGACGCUCUCGCUCAGACAACGCCCUCCACCUGGCCAGCGAGCGCGAGGCCAUCUCUCAGUUAAAAGAAAGGCCCCCGCUGAGAGCCAGGGAGGACUAUGAUCAGUUCAUGCGACAGCGGAGCUUCCAGGAGAGCCUGGGCCAGGGGUCCCGGAGGGACCUGUACGGCCGGUGCCCCCGGACUGUAUCGGACCUGGCUCUGCAGAACGCCUUUGGGGAGCGAUGGGGACCCUACUUCACUGAGUACGAUUGGUGUUCCACCUGCUCCUCGUCCUCGGAGUCUGACAACGAGGGCUAUUUCCUAGGAGAACCCAUCCCCCAGCCCGCCCACCUGCGAUACGUCACGAGUGAUGAGUUACUGCACAAAUACAGCUCGUACGGCCUCCCCAAGUCUUCCACGCUAGGUGGCAGGGGACAGUUGCACAGCAGGAAAAGACAAAAGAGCAAAAACUGUAUCAUUUCUUAAUCCGAUGGGGGUCAGGGGAUAGGGGAAGAUGGGAGGUAAGAAUGUAAAUUCAGAAGCUUGCACUGUUUUAAAUUUUAAAGCUCUUUGCUUUGGUGGUUCCAGGGAGAGAUGAGAAGAGCUCUCUGUUGAUGGCGGCAAGGUCACUGACUGACUCGAUAGGUAGUCACAGUUCUUGGCAUGUUGAAUAUUAUUUGCACAUUUCACUUUGGAAACGCUCUAGACUCUACGGAGGCCAGGGUUGGUCACCUCCUUCCCGUCCGUCUGUGUUGAGCUGCCACUGGCAAGAUGGCAAAAUUGUUUCCCGCUCGCUUAUAUAUAUAUAGCCUCUCUGGUUCUCUUCCUUUUAGGACCCUUUUUCCAGUACGUAAUUUGUUUAUUAGCCAGGACCCAAGACUAAGUUAUUUACAUGUCCAUUGUAAAUGAGAUGUAAAUGAGAGUUCUGAUAAAAUAUUUUUGUAUUUUGUAAUAUCAAAGGAAUUUCUAUAUCGUAGGACUCAGUGGAGCCUUGCAUGCACGUCCAGCAUUGUCUUUGAGUAGUACUCCAAGGUGGUCCAGGACCACUUUUUUUUUUUUCUUUUUUCUAUACAAAUUUGUUACAUGUCAGUGAGACCUUUUUUCAAAGGAGUUUAUUCAAUUUGGCUUUUUGUGGCUGAAAAAAAAAUCACCUAUUACACCCAAAGCAUUUGAUGCUCCAUCUCUCUUGAGGAGCCAUCCUUAAGUCCGCUCCCAGCCUCAGUAGAAUCUCUUCUCUACAAAGUGAUAGUAACUUUUUUUUUAUUUAUAAUUGCCAGCGUAACUUUUGCCAAUUAGAAAAACCAACCAGUGUCAGUCAGGUUCCGUGAGAAACGCCAUCCCUGCUGGGAACAUUGAAGUUGCUUACCAUUGAUCUAUCCCUUGGGGGAAAUAAAGUGUCUGUGAGUGGUGCGGUUUGUGUGAUGUCAGCAUGACAUUGUUUUGAAUGUGGCAUUAUUUCCUGGUGCUUGUUUCCUGGAUCGUAUUAUCCGCUUUCCUUUACCGAGGCAGACAGCUGCCUUAGCCUGACAACCGGUUGUCCUCAGCGCAAAUGAACUUCAGCUUUGGGAAUUUCGGGCCAGAAAGGUUCUGAGGGACUCUGGGAGUGAUGGUGCAUUCUAGGUCGUAGGUCAUACGUGGAGAAGGAACAGGUCAAGGGUAGAGACUGAAGGGGAAUAUGAAGGAAGGUCAGAGCAAAGAAGAACUUCUGGAAAUGAAGUAGAGGAGAGUUGACAACCAUCUCGAAUAGCCCCCAGUGCUUGUGGGAAAAAAAACCCAGUUUAAUGCGCUCCGUAACCAGAGUAUCUGGGUUACCCAGAAAGAUUGAGCUGCUCAGGAGAUUUCCGUGUUAUGGUUUUGAAAAACAAAUGUUGCUGAAAGGGGGGUUUCCAUUUUGAACUUUGGGGACCGUCAGUCAGAUAGAAGAUGGGCUCAAAAGUGAGUUUGCUUAAAGAAGACAUUUAACGGUUGUGUUGUUUAUAGUAAAAUAAAACCUCCUACCUUGCUUCAGUUAAAAGUGAAGCGCUUGCUUUUACUUCCAUUCUCCUCGUCCCCUUCGUGGAUUGUGGCAGUUGAAAUAAUCCAUCAGAGGACCCACCUUUAGUGAGGUGUACUGUCGAUGUAGUACACAGUGUAUCUCAGUGGCCAUCUGCCAUGGUGAGGCAAGUGUGGUCUCUCUUCACUACAGUAGUUAAUAUUUUCUAGUAUUUUUUUAUGGGGAGAAUGUGAAAAGUGGCUUUUUAGACACCAUCCCAAAUGGGUCUGGGGGAAGGAAGGCUGUAAAGGAUGUGAAAGUGGCACUCCAUUCAGGAUGUAUUAAAAUAAUUUGCUUUUCAGGUAUUAAUAAGACAUUUGUCAUUGUCACUGAUGUUUUAAAAAAGCAAUGCAAAUGUUGGUUGUGGCUGUUUUCCGCAUGCUUUCUUCAUAUCUAAAUGCUUCAUUAAUUAUCCAAGCCUCUGGAGAAUUAACUCUAUUACGUUUGUAUAGUGAGUUUGUAAACUGCUUGGCAAACUGAUUAAGAAAUAAUGUACACCACCACGCUACCAGCGUGGCAGGUUUCUGGUAGAAACCGGGCGAGUCCAAUUUGGAGUUCUAAGUUGCUGGAUUGAUGAGAAUAGAAAGGCAUUUUGGAAAAAGAAGAGAGAGAAAAGAGUAGAUCCUUUAACUUAGUAAAUAACUGAAAAUAAUGUCUGUCCUCUGUGGCCUGGAAUCCAAGGAAAGAAAUUCUCCUAGUGAAUGUUGCUUUCUAACUCUUCCUUUUUAGAGUACCUCUUACAUUUCCCAGAUGAGGCUUUAACCACCGUCAGCAGAAAGAAGAAGGUGGCCUAGAAACUGACACCUAAUUAGUGCCCAGAGGGAGAGAGGAAUAAGCAAUUUCAGAUCUAGCUGCCCAAGGAGCAUCCAUCAGCUGAACUGGUCAGAGCUGGAGGCGUGUUGAGAUGCAAGCCUCAGGGUCAGACGGUCUGUAAGCAAGAUCACCUCCAUCUGGUCUAUCACUGCCAAUGUCUCCUUCCCACCCCACAUGCAGCCAGGCACCUUAUGGAGAAUGCCGAUGGAGGACAGGUAAAUUCUCACAAUGAGGAUGGAACCUGCAAGUAUAUGCCUUAGAGAGAGCAGGAUAUCAUUAUAUUGGGAGUUCCUCCUUUUAGUGAUAACUUACACGUAACAUCCCAGAAUCCCAUUCCCUAAAAUUCAACGCAUUCAUUUCCGAGGCAAUAUCUGAGGGUCCUUGCCUGAUCUUCACCAGGAGCUCUUCUUGGUCAAGUUUCACCUGUGGGUGAGGCUCGCACUCACCUCUUCUUAGAUCAUCAUUUCAUCUUUAAUAAGCUGUUUUUAGAAAAGUACAACAGUUUAUUUUCUUUGCUAAUGCCUUGGGUUUUGUUUUGUUUUGUUUUGUUUUGUUUUCCUACCUCUCCUCAUAUUGAUCUUCUUAUCUUUUGGAUAAAACCCCACUUUAGCGUUCAUUUCAUUUCCUGUUGCUGCUCAAUUCAGUGGCAACAGAACUGGCCCUUUCCCAAGCAGAAGUCAGUGACAGUUUCCUGAAUGGCCCUGCCAAUGCAUAUAUUGAUAUGCAUUGAUAUUACGAGCAAGUUUGUUAGCAGGCUGGUGGCAUUCAGGUACUCUUCCAUCUGUCAUAGAAUUCUGGGAUGUCUACCAAGUGUGACGGUAAAUGAGGUCAGGGAAACCAGAACCAUACUUCCCAUUUUGCAGGUGUUCAAGGGGGGAAAUUUUUUAGUGUUGGUUGUUUGACCCCCUCUUUUCAUAUUCACCUUCUGUUCUCUAGUCCUUUCCACCCUCAGCCAGCCCCGUGAACAAGCAAUUUUGCGUUUCUCACAUGCGACCUGAGGACAGCUCUUUCUCAUUCUCUUUUCCCAUUCUGUAGGGUGUUUCUUCAAUACACCAAGAUUAUAUUUCUCUCUCCUGCAGCAGCUCUCUGCUUCUUGGGUACCACCAGCCAUUGUUGAGUUCAGGUGGGGCCAGUAAUACCACGUAUGUAGCAUGUGCUCUGCCAUCCCUUCAACCUGGGCAGAUAUAACCAAGGUACCACUGUAUACUUUCCCAGAGAGCAUGGCUGCAGCCUCAGAAAUCUUCGCAGCUCUCCAACCAUCCAGGACUAGUUGAUCAGAACUGAUUUUAUUUGUCUGAUAACGAAUCUUAUUUGUGAACUGAUUCUUAUUUGUCUUUCUACCUUGGGCUCUUUUGCCAUUGGCCCAAAACAGUACACCAGCCAUUUAGGAAGCAUCAUCCAUAAAUAAUUGUGAGACUCCAGUUUCUAUGCCCCCGUAUUGCAGAUGCUAAAGGAGGCUGACUUCUUUAGGCUAAAUGAAGACAACUCUCUUGGGCCUCCUUUUCCAUUCUCGUGUUCUUGGUCCUAUCACAGAGGUCAGAUAAGAGUUCGUCCUAUUCUUUGUCUAAUCCCACCUUCUAACAGGAAAGAACACAAAAAUUUAAAUUCCGAGGAGAAGUGCUCUUUGCGUAUUUCUCUCUAACAGAAACCAGAUGCUAAUGCAUAAGAAGGAGAAUCUAUGACAAAGGAACGUGAACCAUGGCAUCAGUCAUCUGAGGAUUUCAUGCCAGAAGGGCUGCUAUUAGCACUGUUUAGCACCUUCAGGGCUUUGAAAAGGGCUCUGCGACAGCAUUCCAGGUACAGGACACAGCCAAGCCUCCUCUGCAUAUUUGGAAGGCAGUUCCAGAUGGCCGCCUUUUGAGGUGCGUUUCUUAAAGCGCAAGAGAAGUGGAAAUGAAGAGAGUUUUGCCUAGCCUCCAGUGACCCGUCCCUCUGGGGCCUCAGCAGACACCAGAGCCUGUUCGUCUGACCCCUCGGAAGCAGUCAUCAAGGUUAGGAUCAAAAAAGGAUUUCAGUCUUUUUCCAUUUUCUCAUAGUAGGAGCCCCUUCAACCCAAGACUCCCAUAAAAUAUAAUGUACUGUUGGGAGCUAUACUGUUUUAUAAGCUUACUUCCUGCUGACAAAACUAGCUUUCCCCAACAGGAAUAAAAAGGCGGGGUGGGGGGAAGUCACGUAGUGUUAGAAAACAUUUCUGUGAUUUAGAUACGAUGACUCUGUAGAAAAAAAAAAAAAAAAGCCUUGUUCUAGCCUGAGAGUUUUCUGAGACAUCCCUCACCCUACUGAGUAUUUGGCCAUUGAUGUGCUCUAGGUCACUGACCAAGCUUUGCUAAAUUUUUCAGAGAGUGUUAGUCAGACCUCUCUAGUUAAUGUCCAUGUUUUUCCAUAAAGCAUUUUGGUUCUAUCAUGGACCCUAACUUCACAUGCUGAGACCUAUGGGUCCUCCUUAUUCCAUAGUAAAUUAGGACUUUGGCAGUUUUCCCGCUCCUAAACACAUUCUUUCCUGUACAGGAUCACUUUGUCCAUCUCCUGCUUUAAUUCCAAGUACGUAAACAAAACCUCAAAGGGCCUGAGAAGGUAAGGCAUGCCAGAGUCUGUGUUGUGUGUCGGGUGUCAAGCUCUUUGUUAAGAAGGUCUGCAGUAGACCUUUGGUGUGGGCUCUGCCAGAGACUGUCGUGAACACUUUGCUUGAGAUCUGUGCCCUGUAAAAUGGAUAUGAUGUUUUACUGAUGUCUGUAAUACAUUUGUAAACUUCCAAUAAAAUUUGAAUAAAAGAAA